ACGGCUCGGGGUUUGGUAAGCGUUGCCGUGGCGCUGUGUAGUGAUCUGCGGCGCUGCUGGCUGCGUGUAUGGAAGGAAGCAGCUGCUGAUCUGAUCUCUUGACAUUGUGUAGUGUGAGACAGACACAGACUAUCUGAAUUAUACAAACUGCGCACAAGACGUGGUCUUUUUAAAACAUAUACCGCGUUGGAGGCACGCCGUGCAUGAUUACCUCUUUGGUUUAAUGGGUCCAAUCAUUGGGAUGUCACCAGAUAAGAAAACGGAAAUUCCGGGUAUGCAAGAGGAGCGGACGGGGCUCAGAGGUGUUUGCGGCGUUGGGACGCUGCCCGAGGCGGAAUGCGCAUCCAGUCCGCUGGCAACCAGUGUGGAUCGUACCGGAGGUACUGAGGAUGAGGAGCUCACCAACCUCAACUGGUUGCACGAGAACCUGCUUCAGAACUUCACUCUGGGAGGUCCGGAGGCUCAGCCCAGCGGCAGCCCCCUCUUCGACAUAGAAGGAGACUACGGGUCCAACCAGGGCCCGUCGUCCUCCUCCUCAUCGUCGUCACACAGCAGAGGCAGGGAGCGGGACUCGUUGAAGUCAAAGCCCCCUUUUUCGUUUUCUCUCCUCAUCUACAUGGCCAUUGAGCAGUCUCCCAGCAAAUCGUUGCCAGUUAAAGAAAUCUAUGGCUGGAUUCUCGAGCACUUCCCUUAUUUCUCCAAUGCUCCCACUGGCUGGAAGAACUCAGUUCGUCACAACUUGUCCCUGAACAAAUGCUUCCGCAAGGUCGAGAGGAGUUUGGGAAAGGCCAAUGGAAAAGGUUCUCUCUGGUGUGUUGACCCUGAGUACCGCCCCAACUUGAUCCAAGCCCUUAAGAAGCAGCACUUCCCUGCCGCACAUGCCUUCUGCACACCACCCGCCUCCCCACCCAGUGCCUCCUCACCCCCUCAUCUCUUUCUACAAGGCUGCUCAUUCAAAGAGUCUGACAUUGAUGCUGCCACUGCCAUGAUGCUCUUAAACUCUGCCCCCGGGCACCACGUUGACCCAUGCGAUUCUGACAGCCCACUGGACCUCUCCCGACCCGACUCUGUCCUGGUGAGCAGCGAUCCAAAGCAGGACCACAACUACAGCAGCGCAGCCCUGCAGCGCUGCUCCUCCCGCUCCUCCUCCUCGUCUCUCUCCUCCCUGGACGAAGGAGGCUGCGACCGCAGGCAGUCCCACCGCGCCGGCAGCGAGGGCUUCCACAGCGACGAGGACUCCGACCUCUGGGACGAGAGGGGCGUCCAACAGACUCCUCGACGUCCGCCCGCCAUCAAGUGGCCCGCCGGCAAGAGGGCACGACGCGAGGUCAAGCCGGAGCUGGAUGAGGAGCUGAAGGAAGCCGCCGGCUCCUUGCUCCACCUCGCCGGUAUACGCAGCUGCACGGAGGGCUCCAAACGCACUGUCAAGAGCACAAAACUUAACAGGAAAUGAAGAUUAUUUUUGCCCCCCAUCAGACUCCGGACCCUGUGAACCCUAACCUCUGACCCCUGAUCGUGUGUCCCAGUGUGCCUCCUUCUCCUUAUCUGAUCGUUCCUUGGCCAUUUUGAGCCUUUUUUUUUGUUUGGGAAUAUCCCUGUCCAACAAAACAAAUGGCAAUAGUAUCGUUCACACAGGAGAACAAAGCCAUAUAGAGACUUUUGUAACUCGGGGGUGACUGCUGGGGGUUGGUGUUUGGGCUACGGAGAACCAUCAAGAAACCUAUCCAAAAUGACCUGCCUGCUUCUGUUGGAUUAGAAGAUUGUGAUUCAAGAAUAUUUUCCUCUGAAAGACAAAAACGGGAAAAAGCUGAAGGUUUUAUAACUCAAAGCGUUGCAUGCUUCCUCCUCAAACCUGUAUCCUCUUCCAAGUGAAUCUAUUUAUGAAGCGAAUGAGUGCAUGUUUGUAACAGACAAAACCUAACCUCCUGGUGUUAUCGGUUUCUCCUUUUUGUGCUAAAGAAAAAAAAAAAAAUGCCACUGUUUUUGACAGGAAUUCUUGCUCCAUGAAUCCUCUUGUAAGAGAGAUGCAAUAAUUAAUCCACAACCUUAACUUUUUUGACUUUAUUUCAUAUUUUUCAGAGUCGAGUAUGCUAGUUAAACUUUACAAUUAAGAGAAUGAAUGGAGUAGUACUAUUAUCUUGUUAUGCGAUAAACUUCUUACACGCACGAGCUCCGGCUCUAUUUCAGGAUUAGCAAGACGUGGAAAUAGUAUUACUCUGCCACUGCCAAAUUUAGUUGCAAAGUUAGCUAUGCUACUUCGCUCAGUUUUGUGCGGCCAUUUACACAUGAAAGCUGUGUUCCUUUUUGUUUUUGCAAAUCCACUGCUCAUCCCUCAUCAAUCCCUUUCAUUCAUCAGUGUGUUUUUUGACAUUUAUCGUGCAGACAUAUAUUCACAUGUUUGGUGACGGCCUAUGCAAAGUGGACAUCUGCCACGUUGUUGCCAGAUGUUCACUGCGUGUUCAUAGGUUAUCCUCCAUAGAUUUUUAUUUUCUAUUUCUGUGUGUGUAUCAUAGUGCAUGUUGACUUCAGCCUAAACCUGAGAUGACAGGAAAGAGUUUGAAAUAGUCAAACCCUUUUUUCUUCUACUGACAAAGUAGUCCUACUGCUCCAAAUGAAUGUGAUUGGUGUAAUGACAGAUCUCCUUGCUCCAGCUGUAUUGUUGGGCUGAUUGGCACUCUUGCUUGCUUCUGGUCCUUUUUGAACGCAGAGCUGGUUAAUAGUCAGAAACAGGAGCGGACAGUAAAUUAUCACAGCUUCCUCGCUCCAUUAUUUUGGUUUGCAGUUUGAUUAUACCUCUGUGUAUUCCUCUUGUUUUUUGAACCAUAUACUUUAGAAAAUUACAAAAUUAUACAGCUAAUUUUCUGUCGGCUGAUCUUGGCGGCGAAGUUAAUUCACAGUUCUGGUUCAAAUAGGUGCAGGCCAUAGUGCAUAUUCAAGCGUAAAGAAACGAGAAGGGGAUAUAAUGUAGUAACACGGCCAGAGAGAGAACUGGACUUUGUAUGUGCAGUCGCUCGCGGGCGAGAUGUUGAAGACCGUGCUGCUCUCAUGUUGUGCCCUCAGUUCUGGCUGGCCGCUAGUGUUUCGUCCUUGCUCUUCCUCCUAGAACAAAAUAAGGAAGUGCACGCUCUCUUCUCAAGCUGUGAAAUGGAGUGUUUAUUGUCAGUUGAUUGCAUGCAGUUCACCAAGGGGAAGUUGCAUAAAAGGCCACAUAUUCUCAGUUGAACUUUUUUAAAAAGGCUAGCGUUACAAUACAAAAGUAGCAUGGAAGCUCACAACAUGGGUAACACUGAAAAUUAUCUUAUUUCUUCCCACAGUACUAGAUCACGUUGUCACAGUGACUGUUAGUAUAGCAUGCAUGGUCAGUGCCAAACAUUUUCUUGUGCCACACUGAUGUAAAACUGCAAAAAGGGCCAUGGCCACUAUAUUCCCCCGCUGCCACAAUGUAGUUAAAGAGUAACAAUGCCCGCGUUUUUCUGAAUCAUCCGAACAGGAAAUGGGAGAGGACGCUGGUCAGUACAGUGACUUAACCGAUGUUUUGGGGUUAUUUUUGUCGCUUUAGAGUGGGAACUGUUCUCAGCAGAGUAAGCUGCAGUUCUCAGAAGUACUACUUGCAUACACUGGUCUUGUUUAGCUGUGAAAAAAAAGAACAAAUUAUUGUUCAUUAAUCAUCACCUUAUUUAUGACAUUAAUUUAUGGGAUUAUUGAAUGCAUACUCUAUCAAACGCUGGUCAUGUGAAACGAGUGACUAGGCACAUUUUAUUUUUCUCCCUCUGUGAACUCCUCUUAAUAAGUAUUUUAUUUUUCUCCUUUUAUUUUACAGCAAUACACCUUUUUUUUCUUUCACUAUGUUAUAGUGAUUAAGUAUUUUGCCAAUGUCUAUUGUCUUUAGAGCGGGUGUUUUUAUUUUUUUUUCAAUUUAACCAUGACUGCCAGGUUUUCUUGAUGUUUUGUUUUGCUUUUUGUUAGGCUGGAUAGUUUAUUAACAUUGAUCCUGAAACCUUUGUUGCCAAAAUUGAUGUACAGCUGGGGUAUAAAAUUUAAGAUGGACACAUUCCCCCAUGUACUGUAGAAGUUCAUCGAAGAUGAUUGAAUCAUUUCUUUUUUUUUUUACAUUUGUCUCAUGUUUAUGUUUAGAUAUUAUGACUUAAGUAGUCACAAAUUGAAGAUUAGCUCUCGAUCUUCUCAUUGCAGAUUUUAGAGUCCUCAAAAAAUGACUGCCACUCAUAACUCAUGCUUCCAGGUAUUGUUAUGGGAUGUUGAAAUGUUUAGAAAAUGAGUGAAAACUGGAUCAGACUCGCUCAGUCCCCAGGCUGCUGCUGUGUGGCUUCAGACCUACAUUAAAGUAUAACUGCAGAGAAAUUAUGGAGAGACUUGUAGAGGAAAAAGCUCCCUCGUUCUUUCUGUAGCACUUGCAACAGAAACAUUAUGUUGGUCUCAAAGUGACACUGAGUCAGAUCUGUGGAUGAGCUCCCUAAACAUUUUGGGGUCCAACUUACCCAACUUAAAAAAAAACCCAGCUGCUUCAUUGCUCAGCAGUUGUUAUUGAAUAUUGAUUAUGUGAUUCUCAUAAUUUCUGUUGCAGUUCCUAUAAGGGUAUGAUGAACAUUUUGUUGCAUUCGACAAAGCUGCCAACCCAGUAUCAGUUUGUGUCAGUUGUCUGCCAUGUCUAUUGGACCGACACACCUUUUUGGUUUUUGUACGCUAACCUCUGUUGAUAAAAUGUUUAUAAGAUUUAUUUUCGCCAAAGAUAUGCAAUUGCAUUAUAUAUGGUAUUACAAAAUAUUAAUAAAAACCUGUUCUUGUUA